UGGGAGAUUUGACCCCCACCACAACGAAAUCUCGUAUCCGCUACUACGCUGACGUCAUUCAUGAGGAGGUUAUGAGCGGAGGUGGGGAGUAAAGUGUGUGCAGUUUUCAAAACAAGUCCAUCGUGAAACCGUCGUUGUAUGUUGUUGUGGUGCCGACAACAGUGAUAUUGGACGUUCAUCGUGACAGUGAGAAAUUUAUUUUUUCGUUUCUUAAGAAGCGUAGUGUCGUGCACGUAGUUGUGAAAUUCAUCAAUUAAAAAAAAUUAUAUAUAUCUAUAAAAAAAAUGGAUACAGCGCUUCGGGAACAGGUCAUGAUCAAUCAAUUUGUUUUGGCCGCCGGAUGUGCUCGAGAACAAGCUAAACAGCUGCUUCAAGCGGCCCAUUGGCAGUUCGAGACCGCUCUUAGUAUAUUUUUUCAAGAAGCUCCAGUACCGGCCUAUUCAUCAGCUUCCGCACAUUUCGGACAGGUUAUGACGCCGUGCAACACACCUGCAACCCCACCAAAUUUUCCCGAUACGCUACUGGCGUUCUCAAAAAUGAGCGCCGGUAGCGGAAGUAGUCCAUCACCGACGGUGGUGGUGCCUCCAAUCGCAACGGAUGCGACCAGGUACCACCAGCAACAACAAGCGCAGCCGCAGCAACAACGAUAAGAUAGAGUGUGAGGUUAUCGCGAUUAUUAAUAAUAAUAAUAAUUAAUAACGAUGAUGAUGAGUGACUGUUUUAUCAAAUUCAUAAGUUUUGUUUCUAAUUGUAAUAAUAAACGGAGAUCGGAUCAAGUCCCAAAGUUCGAUUUCCGUAACCUGACGAAAA